AUGGCUGGGCUAAAGUCGUUGAUCAACAGCGCCAAGAGGCUAGCUAUUGGCGACUCGGGCACCAAAGCCGGCAUCGACGAUCUCUUCCCGGCCGUUGACAAGGCCGUCGACGGUGACGACUGCGACCACGACUGCGAGAGUUGCUCGGUGCACUAUCCCAAGGGCUUCAAGAUUGACGAGAGCGACGAGCUGUUUGGCCUGGUCAAGGGCUGGAGCACCCACGUGCUGGUGGCCACAGGCAAGACUGACUGGGUGCGCGAUGUGGCCGACGAGAAGGGGAGCGUCAUGCAGGCCAUUGCCAAUUGCAAGGGGCCAAGCAACGGGCGCCUGAUGCUCUCGGCGUCGAACAUUCCCACCCCGCACCACACGUCCGAAUACUCGGAACCGACGCGGGUGCUGCUACUACCGGCCUUCACCAUCAUCGACAAUGUGACCCCCGCGACGGCCCCCGCGCUUAUCACCGACGUCAUUGACAAAGCGCCGACCAACAAGUCGCCGCUGGCGCCCGUGGAGCUUCCGGCCUCGCUGCCAGCGCCGCUGCCUGAGGGUACGCCGGCUGCUAUCCGCGAGCUGACGACGCGGCCCUGCCCCCAUCACGCCCUCAUCCUGCUGUGCAGCCAGAAGACUCGCGACGCGCGCUGCGGCCAGAGUGCGCCCUUGAUCCGCAAGGAGCUCCAGCGCCACCUGCAGCCACUCGGCCUGUACCGCGACCUCGACGACGAGCGCCCCGGCGGCGUCGGCAUCUACUUCAUCAGUCACGUCGGCGGCCACAAGUACAGCGCUAACAUGAUGAUCUACCGGCGACCCGACGCUUUCGGGCGAGACGCGAAGAAAGGCGACGGCGACAAUGCCGCGCGAGAGAAGUCAGGGCAAGGAGAAAAGGGGGAGCAACAAGAACAAAUGGACGACGUUGGCGCGGCGCAGUGCAUCUGGCUUGCGCGCGUGCGGCCCGAGGACUGCGAGGGCAUCGUCAAAUUCACCGUCCUGCAGGGCAAGGUCGUCAAGCCCCAGAGCCAGCUCAGAGGCGGCUUCGAUCGCGCUAGGGGGCUUUUGAGCUGGUGA